AUGGUUCUCAAUCUUCCUUUGUUGGGCAAGAUUACCCUCGCCAUGAGCAGCCCCACACAUACCCAGAGUUCGCGUGCCGUGAUGGGUGGAGUCUGA